AUGUCGAACAGUCGUCAGCUGAGCGAGAGCAGGGCCAUCCCGACCAGGACCGUGCUGAUCAACGACACAACGCAGCUACCUCAUGACUACUGUACCACCCCCGGAGGCACUUUAUUCUCCACCACUCCCGGAGGCACCCGUAUCAUCUACGACCGAAAGUUCUUACUGGACAGGCGCAACUCCCCCAUCGCCCAAACCCCCCCGGCCCACCUGCCCGUCAUCCCCGGAGUGACCAGCCAAAGCAUCCUGACGGAGAACCGCAAGAACGAAGUCAACAAACACAUGAACCACGAGGGCAAGCCCACUGGUGACGACGCCCAGUUUGAAAUGGACAUCUAG